AUGGCACGACUGAAUAUCCUCAUCAGCGGCGCAGGUGUCGCCGGAAACGCCGCCGCCUUUUGGCUUACGAAGCUCGGUCACCAUGUCACAGUCAUUGAAUCUUUCCCAUCCCUCCGAGCCUCAGGUCUCCAGAUUGAUCUCCGUGUCCAGGGUGUCGAAGUUCUCAAACGCAUGGGUCUCGAGCAGGCCUUUCGCGAAAAGUCCAUCCCAGAACAAGGCAUGCAAUUCGUGGACAAACACGGUAAAAGAAGAGGCUACUUCCCUGCGAAUGACUCUUCGAACGUGAAACUCGGCUUCAGCUCUGACUGGGAAAUAAUGAGAGGGGAUUUCUGUCAAAUCAUGUACGACGUCACCAAAUCUCGAGCCAAGUACAUAUUCGGGACAUCGAUCGACCAUUUCCACGAAGACGAAAAUGCAGUCAAUGUCCAGUUCACCGAUGGCUCAAUCAACAAAUUUGACCUAGUAAUUGGUGCCGACGGUCAAGGCUCACGCACCCGAAAGCUGAUGCUCGGAUCUAAUGCGCAAGACCCAUUCCUUCCUUUGAAUGGCAUGUAUGUCGGUUAUUUCACCAUUCCUCGACCGAUUCAAAAAGACGAAGAAUACAUCGCGACAUCUUUCAUGGCAUCCGGGUCCCGAGGCAUCAUGACUCGAAGACAUAACGACCGCGAAAUCCAAGCAUACAUCGGUGGCCGAACACAAUCGGAGCGACUCAAGGCUUCUUUGAGAGGUGACAUCAAUGAGAAGAAGCGGGCAUUGACAGAGAUGCUCCAGGGUGCUGGGUGGCAGACAGAGAAGAUUCUGGAGUCACUCCAGACCGCUGACAAUUUCUACUGCGAACGUCUCGGUCAAGUCAGAUUGGAUCACUGGUCUCGCGGGCGGAUUGUGCUUGUCGGCGAUGCGGCCUACUGUCCUUCUGCAAUGACCGGAAUGGGCACCACUUCUGGUAUUCUCGGUGCUUAUAUUUUGGCGGGCGAGAUUGGUAAACACUGUGGUUCUGCAUGUGUGGAUGCCGCUGCAGAUGAUUCGGCUGCGGUUUUGGCCGCGUUGGAAGCCUAUGAGCAUAAGUUCUCUCCUUUUAUGACUCAGGUACAGCAGAGAGUGUCCCUUGACGGGGGUCGUUUUGACGGAUUGAUCUCAUCGGAGUUUGGUGUGGCUGUCAUCAAUUAUCUCAUGGGAAUAGCUUCUUAUUUGGGAUUGCAUCGUCUUAGCCGAUUCACAUCCGAGACUGUCAAGGGCUGGGAGCUCCCGCAGUACGACGACUUACACCGGGACUAG